AUGUUGUACCUUUAUAAGUUGUUAGCAACUGCUCACCCAAAAGAUGCAUACUUACGCGCUGGGAGUUUUUCGGAUUUUGAAGACUUGGGGCUUGCUGUUGGAAACGGUGUGGCUGUAGGAAGAAGCGCGAUUGGAGUGGGCAGUGCUACUGAUGCUAGGACAAUAGGAGUUGAUGAAAGUAGAGGUCCGCUCAUAGAGGAGUUGAAUUACGAUGUUGAUAAUGAUGCGUUUGUAGCACUGGGUCAAGAUGAUCCACCGUUAUCCGGCUCCAAAUCACCUUUGGAGUCCACUGAAGUGCCUGUGGAGUCCACUAAGAGAAGAGCUCCCGCCAAAAGAAGCAAAUGCCAGUUUGAGACAAAUUCAGGCCACACUGAAAAUAGUUCGCAUCAGGAGCUCAUGGUAGAAAUUAAAAAAAUCACUAGCACAAUGGAUCGAGUUGAAAGCCUCUUCGUGAAACGAGAUACUAUGCUGGAAAGAAGAGAACAAGAAAAAAGUAAUACAACUUGGGAUGCUAUCAAAGAAAUUCCUGAUUUGAGUGACGAUGCCCGCAUGACAGCAUUUGACUUGCUUGUUACAAAGUCACAAAAAUUAAAUAUAAAUUAUAUUUUUCGUGUAUAA